UUCUCAUUCAUCUCGAGAGAUAGAGAGAGAGAGGGGGAGAGAGAGGGAGAUAUGGUUUUGGAGAAAGAGAGGAACCUGCAGACUACUCAAGCUUUAACAAACGGUGAUUCUGCAGUGAAAGAGACUAGGUUUUCAUCUCUUUUUGUCUCUGGAGAUCGAGAUUAUCUCCUCUCACCAGAUGGUUCCCAGGCGAGGGUUUCUGAUCUUGAAGGGAAGGUGAUAGGUCUAUAUUUCUCAGCGAAUUGGUACCCACCAUGCAGAAACUUCAACGAAUUCCUAAUUCAUUUCUAUGAACAACUAAACCAAGUUCAUGGAUCCAAUUUUGACAUUAUCUUUGUCUCAUGCGACGAAGAUUUGGAUGCGUUCAAUGAGUACCGUUCGACCAUGCCAUGGCUUGCUGUUCCUUUUUCGGAUUUGGAGAACAAAAAAGCCUUGACUAGAAAAUUUGAAGUGGAAGACAUUCCUUGCUUGGUAAUGUUGCAGCCUAAUGAUGAUAAAGAUGAAGCCACAUUGAGAGAUGGUGUUGAACUCGUGCACCGAUAUGGGGUUGAUGCAUUUCCUUUUACUAGGCAAAGGUUGCAAGAGUUGCAUAUGGAAGAGAUUGAGAAGCAUGAGAGGCAGAAUUUGAUGAAUUUGCUAACGAAUCAUGAUAGAGAUUAUGUUUUGGGUCAUCCUGGACAUACACAGGUGCCUAUUUCUUCAUUGGUAGGAAAAACAAUCGGACUUUAUUUCUCUGCGGAAUGGUGUCUUCCAUGUGUGAAAUUCACUCCAAAGUUGAUCUCAAUUUACAACAACAUCAAGCAAAUCCUUGUAGACAAGCAGUUCGAGGACUUCAAUAUAGUCUUUGUAUCAAACGAUCGCGACCAAACAGCCUUCAAUUCCUACUUCAGCUCCAUGCCAUGGCUUGCAUUACCUUUCGGAGACCAAACUCUCAAACACCUCACAAAGUACUUCGACGUUCGAGGAAUUCCUACUUUGGUCAUAUUAGGACCAGAUGGAAAGACUCUAACCAAACUUGGGAGAAACCUCAUUAAUUUGUACCAGGAAAAUGCAUAUCCGUUCACCGAAGCCAAGGUGGAGAUUCUGGAGAGAGAGAUGGAGGAGGAAGCGAAGAACCUGUCGAGAUCAGAGUUUCAUGAAGGGCAUCGCCACGAGCUUAAUUUGGUAGGAGAGGGCACUGGAGGAGGACCAUUUAUAUGUUGUGAUUGUGAAGAACAAGGGUCUGGUUGGGCUUAUCAGUGUCUCGAGUGUGGCUAUGAGAUUCACCCAAAGUGUGUGCGGGUCGCAGCCCCUGGGUUUGUGUUGGGUCGGUGACUGGGCUGCUUCUAUGUUUGGGCUUUGAUUGUAAUGUUGUUUAUGGUUUGAAUGAGGUAUUUAUGUGCCUUUAUUGUUUGCUAACUUGGGUUUUGAAAAGACUGGAUGAGUUAAUGUAAUAUACUAAUAUCUUGGUAGUUAAUUAAGCUAUGACUGCACAUUUUUAAAAUGGGUCAGAGAAGUGGAGUAUUAUGUUAAAUAUUAAUUUCUUCUGAAUUAAACUUGUGGGCGUUCUUGUA